AUGGAGCGAGGCUUUCAGACCUUCCUGGGCUUCGGUGGCAGCUUCACCGAGUCUUCGGCGGAGCUCCUUCAGAAGAUGAAGCCGCACCAGCAGGAGCAGGUCAUCGAGGCCUACUUUAGCCAGGAGAAAGGCAUUGCCUACUCCUGGGGCCGCAUCCACAUGGGUGCCUGCGACUUUUCCAGGGGAAACUGGAGCUGUGUCGAGCAAGAAAAUGACAAGGAGCUGAAGAGCUUCAGCAUCGAACGCUACCGGGCAGCCAUGCUGCCCAUGAUCAAGCGCGCGCAGGAGGUGGCCUCACGGCCCCUGCAGCUGAUCGCUUCCCCAUGGAGCCCGCCGGCCUGGAUGAAGGACACCGGGCGCAUGCAAGGCGGCGGCACCCUGAAGGAUGACUUCAAGCCUGCUUGGGCACAGCACUUCCUGCGCUUUGCGCAGGCCUUUAAGGAGGAAGGCGCCCCCCUUUGGGGCUUCACUGUCCAGAACGAGCCUCACGCGACUACGCCCUGGGAGAAUUGCCUCUACAAUGGGGAGAUGGAGCGGGACUUCGUCCGGGACCACCUCGGGCCCGUCCUGGAGGCCAGUGGUCUAGAUCUCAAGCUCCUCGUUUGGGACCACAACCGUGACGAGAUGUACGCUCGCGCGCACACCAUCUACAACGAUCCGGAGGCCGCCAAAUACAUUUGGGGGAUCGGGUACCAUUGGUAUGGUGAUCCGCGCUACGAAUUCUGGCCCGCAAGAGAAGGCAUGACGCUCUUCGACAAUGUCCGGAAGGUGCACGAGCUCCGGCCGGACAAGCACAUCAUCAUGACGGAAGCAUGCCAGGAGACUGGCCCUCGCAUUGGAGACUGGCAGCUCGGGGAGCGGUAUGCGGAGGCCAUCAUCAAGGACCUUGAGAGUUGGCUCGAGGCCUGGAUCGACUGGAACUUGAUCCUGGACGAAAGGGGCGGCCCGAACCAUGUGCAGAACCUGGUGUCGGCGCCAAUGAUUUUCGACACGGAACGAGGAAAGCUGCUGUACCUCUCGUCGUUCUACUACAUUGGCCAGUUCUCGCGGUAUAUCAAACCCGGGGCGCAGCGCAUCUCCACGAGCAGCAGCCGGGAUAAGCUGGAGGCGACCGGCUUCGUGAAUCCCGAUGGAUCCGUGGUGGCGGUAGUCCUCAAUCAGGAAGACUACGACAUCGGCUUUUGGCUCCAGGUGGCGAGCAGGUCUGUUGAAACUCAGGCUCCUGCCCGGUCCAUCACCACCUACGUGAUUCCGAAGAUUGCCGAUCCACCUCCCACAUGGAUGGUGGACGAGACUGCAGAGGAACAGUGA